UAUUCCAAUAUGGUCAGGCCUAAGCUCAACCAAUCUGAAGUGACAGAAAUACAUUUAAAGAUGUUUCUUGGUAUGCUUAUUCAGCUGGAUACAAAAGAACAAGUGAUGAAAACAUCGGGGUGGUUUUAUAUAACAUGGGUUGACGAAAAAUUGCGAUGGAAUCCCAAGGAUUACGGUGGAAUAGAAGAAAUAAAUGUUCUUCAGAAAGACAUAUGGCUACCUGACUUUAUAGCAACCAAUUCGGUUCGGGGUCAUGAGUUUUUCGGUGAAGAUAAAGUACGGAUAUACAUAAAUUCAACGGGCUGUGCUGUUUGGGAGCCUGGGUUUACCUCAACCACAGCUUGUAACAUGGAUGUUACAAUGUUCCCUUUUGAUAAACAGAUCUGUACAAUACGUAUAUUACCGUGGAUGACAAGUACCAAAGAGAUACGUGUUAAGACAUUAGGUUUGGAUUUAACACGUUUCCUAUCCCCUAACUAUCAGUUCGACAUAAUAAACUCAAAAUCUCAUUUGGAUGAAAUAUUAUUUAGCGGAAAUCCAUCCACAACAUUACAGGGUAUAAUAUUUGAACUACACCUGAAGAGAAAGGCAUUGUUUUAUCAACUAAAUGUCAUAGCUCCUAUAGCUGUUCUCUCAUUACUCUGUAGCGUUAGCUUCCUGGUGCCUCCAGAAAGUGGUGAAAAAUUAACUGUAUCCGUAACAAUACUAUUGUCGAUAACCGUUUUCUUGGGAGUAGUGGACGAAAACCUACCUAAAACAUCCAGAUCCAUUUCGUAUUUUGGUAAGUUUUUUUUUUUGUAA